AUGUUGGGGCAGGUGGAGAGCCUGGUGGAGAGGGCUGUGGAGAGGGCCCUGCUCCCAGAGGACCAGGGGACACUCCUGGACUGUCCCAGUCUCACUUCAGCAGUCUCUCAGAUCAACAUCUCUGAAGCCCACCUCAGAUUAAAUGAAGUGCUUGUGGCUGGAACCAGUAAAAACACAGAGUUCUCAGGAACAGGUGUUUUUCAAGAGCAGGACUUUGGCGACUGCUUUAAUGUGAAAGUGGAAAACAAUCAACAAGAACAAGAUGAACGACAGACAGACUCUUUCAGUGACGACAGCAACGAGGCGUGGAGGGCGAAACAUGGAGCAACAUCAUCAAGAGGCUUUCUUGCCUCCUUGUUCAGCCGCUUCCUGGACCUCCCUGACCCCGCCGCGAGUCGUCUCGUGGGGUUUGUGGAAGACGAGUGA